AUGGACCAUUCAGGAAAGUCUAGGACUGAAUACUAUAGGAAUCAUGCUAUGAUAACAAAUAAAAAGAAUCUGUUAGGAUGCCCUGAAAUCAACAAAUCAAUACUAGGACUUACACAAAUACCAAUAUAUUUGAAUUCUUUCUCUGGAUUUAAUUCACGUUACAACCUUCCCACAUACAUAAUUACACUUACCCCAAUCCAUGCAUUGCAACCAACAGAAAGCACAAAUUACAUCAAUAAUGGAAAAUAUUGCGAAUGA